CUCCUCUGUGCCUCUUUCCCCUCCCUUUCCUUCCUUUGUUCCGACGAGCACCCUCAAGAUGCCUCUCGGAAUUCACAAUCCCUUGCCCUCAUCCUUAGGAAGCGAAUGUAAGAAGGCUGGCAAAAUCCUCGCAUCCUUUGUCGAUCCACGACAAUCUUUUGGCCCCGAUAAAGUCAUCCCUCCGGAAAUUCUGGCCAAUGCUAAGGGUCUCGCUGUCCUCACCGUCCUGAAAGCUGGAUUCCUCGGCUCUGCGCGAUUCGGUUCCGGAGUGGUGGUCGCCCGACUGGCCGACGGGACCUGGUCUGCUCCAUCGGCCAUCGCAACGGCUGGCGCCGGGUUUGGAGGACAAAUUGGAUUUGAGUUAACGGACUUCGUCUUCAUCCUAAACGAUGCCGCUGCCGUUCGGACUUUUUCGCAGGUGGGCACCCUGACGCUCGGUGGAAACGUUUCGAUCGCUGCUGGACCGAUCGGGCGAAACGCAGAAGCCGCCGGUGCGGCAAGUACAAAGGGUGUGGCGGCCGUGUUCUCAUACUCGAAAACCAAGGGUCUUUUUGCUGGUGUCAGUCUAGAGGGUAGUAUGUUGGUGGAACGGAAGGAUGCGAACGAGAAAAUGUACAACAGUCGGGUGUCGGCGCGCCAGCUCCUUAGCGGAAGCAUUCGCCCUCCGCCGUCUACGGAUGCCCUCCUGCGUGUGCUGAACUCGCGGGCCUUCUAUGGCAACUCUCGGGCGGGCGAAGCAAUGUACAACGACAUCCCUGUCUACGAUGACAGCCAUGAUGAUGUGGUCUGGGAGGGCCGCCGGGGCGACGCUUACGGGGAAGGAACCCGGCGCGAUCGCACAGGUCGCAAUGGCUCGGGCUCGGACGACUACGAGUACCGGGAUCGACCACGUCGUGCGAACUCAUGGGCUGACGAUAUUUACGACCGCCCUGCCGGAGGGCUGAGCCGUUCCUCGACUACUCGGAACAGCGUCCGCAAUGACACCCCCGACUCUUACGGCCGCAGCCGGAGCAACACCACGCCCAUCGAUGAAGACUACGUUUACUCUGACCGCAAACCCACCCGACCCACGGCUCCCAAACCGGUCUUUGGGCAGCGAACAGGAGCGGCUCCAGCUCUGCGCCAGGACCAGGCCAUUGCACUGUACUCGUUUGAUGCGGAUCAACAGGGUGACUUGGGGUUCAAGAAAGGCGACAUCAUCACCAUCCUCAAACGGACCGAGAAGAAGGAGGACUGGUGGACGGGUCGGAUUGGGGACCGGGUUGGCAUUUUCCCCAGCAACUAUGUCGACGCUGCUUAAAUAUCCCAGGUGCCCUAGCCUUAUUACGCGGAAUGAUAUUUGAUGACGCCAGCGUCCAUUUUCCUUUGAUCAUUUGUUACGGGCGCUUUUCUUCCUGCAUCCUGCCCC